UGGCGGCGGCGGCGGCGGCGGGUGUUGCCUUAGGCGUCUCGCUGAGCCCGAGGCGGUGGCGCAAUGGAGGGGCUGGAAGAAAAUGGAAGUGUCCAAGUUGGAGAAUUGUUACCUUGCAAGAUUUGCGGAAGAACAUUCUUUCCAGUGGCAUUAAAAAAGCAUGGACCUAUUUGCCAGAAAACUGCCACUAAAAAACGGAAAACUUUUGAUUCAAGCAGACAAAGAGCUGAAGGAACUGAUAUUCCAACAGUAAAACCUCUUAAACCUAGGCCUGAACCACCAAAGAAGCCAUCUAAUUGGAGAAGAAAGCAUGAAGAGUUCAUUGCCACCAUAAGAGCAGCUAAAGGCCUUGAUCAGGCACUUAAAGAGGGUGGCAAACUUCCUCCCCCUCCUCCACCUACUUAUGAUCCUGAUUAUAUUCAGUGCCCAUAUUGUCAGAGGAGAUUUAAUGAAAAUGCAGCUGAUAGGCAUAUAAAUUUCUGUAAAGAACAGGCAGCACGUAUUAGUAAUAAAGGCAAAUUUUCUACUGAUACCAAAGGAAAAUCAGCUUCUCGGACACAGUAUAAGCCACCUGCACUUAAAAAGUCAAAUUCUCCUGGAACCACCUCAGCAGGAUCUUCACGACUACCCCAGCCAAGUGGCACUAGCAAAAGUGUUGUAGGUGUUCCUUCAGGUAAAGUGUCUUCAGUUAGCAGCUUUUUGGGAAGCAAACUUCAGACCUUAUCUCCCUCCCAUAAAGGGAUAGCAGCCCCUCAUGUAGGUAAGAUGGACAAGUUAGGCCCUCCACUUCGAACUGGAAGACAUGUGCAAAGGUUGUAUGACAGUGAUACAAAAUCAGACAGUGCCAUCAAAAGACAUGAGUUAUUACCCAUUUACAAAGCUAACAUCAAACCUCGAAAUUCCACACCACCUAGUUUGGCUCGAAAUCCUGCCUCAGGUGUGCUUACAAGCAAAAGGAAAACAUAUACGGAGAACUACAUGACCAGGCCAGAUGGAGACUAUGUAUCUUCACUUAAUGGCGGAAACAUUAAAGGCAUUGAAGGAAAUUCAACAGGACACUUACCAAAAUUCUGCCACGAGUGUGGGACUAAAUACCCAGUAGAAUGGGCAAAGUUCUGCUGUGAAUGUGGCGUUCGAAGAAUGGUUCUGUGAACAGAAUCCACAAAGAAAAAGAGCUAAGUCCAGAUUUACGACUCACUGCUGGGACAUCUAGAGCACUUCCUCUAAGUGACUUUGUGCUAAAAUUAUUCAAAAUACUUUUUUCAACAAUUUUUGGAGCAUAAUCCUUUGGCUGUUUAAUGUAUGUGUGUAGGUGUGUGUAUAUACUGUACAUAAUAAAUACCUGAUAACCCAGACCGUGCCAUUCAAGGAAAUAAUCACGUAUCAUAGGUCAGAAAGUAACUUCAAGUGGAAUCAUUACGUUUGGUGUUGUUUUUUGCUGUUGUUAGAGCACAUGAAGCAUACCUCCCCGGGCUCUCGAACACUAGUGCUUGUUAGCCCGUCAAGCUUUAGGAUGGUCAUUGCUUGAGAGAAAAAUCAGAAUAAACAUUUUUAUUAUUGGUGCCUAUUUUCAGAUAGUAUCAUUGCAGGAUGGGAUGCUUGGAAUUUUGGAACCGAAGAGAAUAUUUUUAGUUUCAGUUAGUUAUGUAGGUCAUUUUUCUGUAGAGCUCUUUAACAAAUUUAUAAAUACUUUAAAAAGGAAAAAACCCCUACAGGUCUAUGUUGUCCUUUAUUCGGAAUAUUAUUGAUUAUAUAAUUUAGAGAUCUUUACUCAUUCUUUAAAAUGUAAUUAUGCAAUUUUCUUUUCAGAGACACAAGGCUGAAAAUACAAAUGUAUCUUAUUCUAGUUAGAGCUUAAUGAUUUUUUUUUAAAUCAGUGUGCUCAGUGUGUAUUAGUUGAGCAUAUAUCCUUUCUACUUUUGUCUUCAAAUUUAACUUUUUUUCUUUCUUUUCCACAAUCUCAUGUCUGAAGAGUAAUUUUAAUUGACAACUUCAGCUUCAUUUUUGCAAACUUUGUAAAUGUAAUUAUUUAAUAUAAGAUGCACAAAAUUCCUUGCAGAAUCCUGUGUUUAUUUCUAUGUAUUUGAAUUCAGAAGAAAUUAUCACAGUGGGUUUUAAAACAAACCAUCUUACCUAAUAAAUAGUAGUUUCAAUAAUAGUGCAGGGCAUGCAGAUAAAAAGUAUUUGAAUUUUAGUCACUUGAAGUAUAGUUAGAUGUAGUUAUGAGUAAGUUAAGGGAAUAUCUAAUUUUUCCUACUCACAUUUUCUUUUUAGUGUUUAAUGCUGAAACACCAUUUACAUCACAAUAAAAAGCCACUGAAAAUGUAUUGCUUUAAUGAAUGGCUGUUUUGUUAUGUAAUUAAACAUUCACAAAAAAUUAAUUAUACAUUCUCUUUAACUUUGACUAAAAUAGGGCUUUUAAUCAUUGUCACUUUCGGUGUAACAUAGUAUUUAGUAGUAGAUGUCCUUGAUUGCUUGUACAGCCAUAUUCAGUAAUUCAGUAGUCAUUUCUGUUGUGUCAAACCUAAAAGAGCCUUGAUCUUACAAAGGUACAAGUAAAUCUUUAACAGGCAAUUUCUAGCCUCUUAUUUAUGAUUCUGAUCAACUGUAAGGAUCAGUGUAGAAAUUUGUGGCUUAUAACUUUCUCUGCAAUGUGUUUAUACUUUAUAAUUUUACUCAUUAGUUUUUUAAUUUUGUUUUUCAUUUGGGCGGGGGAUAACUCAGAGUUAGUGGAAUUGUUUACCUUAUAAUUUCUUUCCUGACUUUCUACUAAUUUUUUUCUUGGUUGUCUUUAUUCAGUCAUAUUGGUCAAAAGAAAGGGUGCAUCAACUAGAAUAAGCUGUAAUAAAUUUGGGAGAAUAAUGUACAUAUUAGGAUUGCAUUUCAAUAGUUUAUGUUCUUCUGUUCUAAUUGUUAUAAAUCAUAUGAAGAAGAACUUUAAACUUUUGUUUUGCUGAGGAUUGAGCACUAUUUUCCUUCAAGUAGAUUUUCAAAGACCACGUAAUUUUUGUCUGCUCAAGAAAAGGGGUAGGUAAAUGAGCUUAAACAAAGUGGCACAUGUUUAAGUAGCAAGUAAAUGUUAUAAUGUACUACAUAGGAAUGAGUUGUUAAGAAAUCAUCCAAUUCUAGAAUCCAGAGAUUAUUAUAAACAGUAAGUAGGUGAAAUACAUUUAUGAAUUAUAAAACAUGUUGAUGCAAUGUAUUUAAAUGCAUUUUUAUAUUACUUGCAUAUAUUAUUCUCACAUUGAUUUAUUGUGCAAUAGUUCAGAUUUUAAGAAAUUUUCCUAGAUCUAUGCAUCAUUUAUUUUAUUUUUAUUUAUUUUCCUAAGUAUUUGCCAGUGUGGUAGAAUUAAAAAAAAAAAUGACUGUAAGCCUAAAUUAAAAUUGUAAAAAUUGCUUUUAUGUUAUUCUGGAAGUUACUAGCUUGAAAAAGUAAGAUUAUUAUGGCUGCUGUUGUGUCUUGUUCACUCUGUUUUUUAUUACAAAUAAUGUCUUCACGUUUGAACCUAUUCAAUAAAGACAUGAAGCAAAAAAUGCUAGUUGAUUAUCA